AUGAAGYCUGACAAGGCCAAUGAAAUCCGCGCCUCGCUGGGUGACUCGCCUUCCACAGCCUGUGUAGAUGUGGCAGAGCAGGUCAGAGCUUCCAGUGGAGUGAUAACCAGCCCUGGCUGGCCCUUCCAGUACCCCUCCAGGAUCAACUGCAGCUGGAACAUCAGGACCAACCCUGGGGAAAUCAUCACCAUCAGCUUCCAGGACUUUGAGAUCCAGAACUCUCACCGUUGCGGGCUGGACUGGGUUUCCAUUGGCACCUACAAGAACCUGGAUGGCUACCGCGCAUGUGGCUCGUCCAUCCCAGCCCCCUACAUUUCUUCCCAGGACCCCGUGUGGAUCAAGUUCCACUCGGACGACAUCAUGACCGGCAAGGGCUUCAGGCUGUCUUAUAUAACAGGAAAAUCGGCGAUGAUCAGCUGUGACUCGGACCAGUUCCAUUGCUCCAACGGAAAGUGCAUCCCAGAGUCGUGGAAGUGCAACACCAUGGACGAGUGUGGUGACAACUCUGACGAGGAGCUGUGCGUCCAGUCCAACCCCUCCACAGCCUUCUCCUUCCAGCCCUGUGCCUUCAGCCAGUUUCCCUGCCUGUCCCGCUACACCCGUGUCUACACUUGCCUGCCCGAGUCACUCAAAUGUGACGGCAGCAUCGACUGCCAGGACCUUGGUGACGAGAUUGACUGCGACGUGCCGACCUGCGGCGACUGGCUGCGGAACUUCUACGGCACCUUCAGCUCGCCCAACUACCCUGACUUUUACCCACCAGGCAGCAACUGCACCUGGCUCAUCGACACGGGCGACCACCGCAAGGUGAUCCUGCGUUUCAUGGACUUCAAGCUGGACGGGACGGGCUACGGGGACUACGUGAAGGUGUAUGACGGCUUGGAGGAGAACCCUCGCCUCCUACUUCGCGUCCUCACCGCCUUCGACUCCCGUGCCCCCGUCGCCGUGGUCUCGUCCUCGGGCCAGCUGCGCGUACACUUCUAUGCUGACAAGAUCAACGCGGCAAGGGGCUUCAACGUUACCUACCAGGUGGACGGUUUCUGUCUGCCUUGGGAGAUCCCGUGUGGGGGCAACUGGGGCUGCUWCMCGGAGCAGCAGCKCUGUGACGGUUACUGGCACUGCCCCAAUGGCCGCGACGAGGUCAACUGCAGCAUCUGCCAGGAGGAUGAGUUCCCCUGCUCCAGGAACGGUGCCUGCUACCCACGCUCGGACCGCUGCAACUACCAGAACCGCUGCCCCAACGGCUCGGAUGAGAAGAACUGCUUCUUCUGCCAGCCGGGCAACUUCCAUUGCAAGAACAACCGCUGUGUGUUCGAGAGCUGGGUAUGCGAUGCGCAGGACGACUGCGGCGACGGGAGCGACGAGGAGAGUUGUCCGGUCAUCGUGCCCACACGGGUCAUCACGGCGGCAGUUAUAGGAAGUCUUAUUUGUGGCCUGCUGCUGGUUAUCGCCCUGGGCUGCACCUGCAAACUCUACUCCCUCCGGAUGUUUGAGCGCAGGUCAUUUGAGACCCAGCUGUCCAGGGUUGAGGCUGAGCUCCUGAGGAGGGAGGCUCCCCCAUCGUAUGGCCAGCUAAUCUCCCAGGGCCUUAUACCCCCGGUGGAGGACUUCCCUGUCUGCUCUGGCAACCAGGUGUCUGUGUUGGAGAGCCUGAGGUUGGCGGUUCGCUCCCAGCUGGGUUUCACCUCCAUCCGCCUGCCCACCUCCGGUCGCCACAGCAACAUCUGGCGACGCCUCUUCAACUUCACACGCUCACGGCGCUCUGGAUCGCUGGCCCUGGUGUCUGCUGACGACGAGGAUCAGAACACCAGCAGCGGUAACGGCGGUAGUUCGGUCCGCGAGCCCGAAAGGACUGGACCCCACCGGGGUCUGCUGCCCCUCGAUUCGGACGACACGGAUACGGAGAACGAGCGCCGGGACGUCCCCGGGGCCAUGGGGGGCCUUGUAGCCCCCCUCCCCGCAAAGACCCCUCCAGCAUCCGCAGUGGAGGCCAUCAUCUCGGUGUCGACGAGCUCCACCACCCCAGCCCCUCUGCCCAGCAGCAGGAACAGCCACCGGGCCAGGCACAGGGCCAGCCCAGGAGUGGUGGAGACCCACACCAUGGACACCCCAGGGGGAGAUGCAGCAGAGCCUCAGUGUGCUUUGGUCGGGAGGAGCCAGCUGAGCAGUGCUCUGAACCGGGUCGCCCGCACCCUGCGCUGGGUACGUUUCUCCCUGGGCCGCUCCGGAGACUCCUCAGGUGGGGCGACCCACAACCACAGCCCUCUUAGGCACCUAGAGCAUGGAGCAGGGACCAGGGAGGACGAAGACGACGUGGAGCUCCUCAUCCCCUUGUCGGAUGCUGCCUCGGACACGGACUCCACCAGCGAGACCUCCAGGCUCCUCAACCUGGAGGUAGUCCCGGAUCAGGCUGCCCGCCACUUAUCAUCCCCAGCCGCCCUCUGGUCAGGCUGGGUAUCCCUGGCCCUGGACGGGCCCUGUGAACACUGUAGCAUAGUUCACACUGCACAUAUCCCAGACGCCUGUCUGGAGGCCACAGGCAAGACGGAGACCAAUAGUGAUGACGAGUUACUGCUGCUCUGCUAA